AUGGCAGAUUCCGAUGAAGAAUCCGAUCGCCGUCGUAGCCGUGACAAAUUUCGCCGUGAACGUAGUGAUCACGAUGGACGUCGUCGUCCUGGUGAUAAACGAGAGCCAUUCGACGACCGAUCAGGCACUGUAGGUGUUGCACCGGCUCGUGAAGAUAAUCGUUUGUCAGGUGAAGGUCGGAAUGACCGUGGACGAUCACCUGCAGAACCUCCUUACAAAAGACCUCGUAAAGAUAACAGUGAUGAUAAUAAACCAAGUUCAUACCAACGAAAGGAUACCAAAAGUUCAAGUGUUUCGGAAUACGAUGGCAUGUACAGGCCUCCAGUAAUACCAUUUAAACGGUUUCUUGAUCCUUUGGACGACUUGAUAACUGAAGAAGAGGCGUGUAGUAAAUACAAAGAAUACAAAGAAGGAUAUAUGAAGCGUCAUACCGAAGAGUUCUUUGAUGCACACAAAAAUGAGGAAUGGCUUCGUCUUCGUUAUCAUCCCGAUUACAUGAAUGAAAGAAAAGCCGCUCUUAGCGCAGCAGCCAAGCAUCGUCUAGAUGUUUUCAUGGAGCUUUUACAUAAAGGCUUUCUCGAAAAUCAGUCUGUUCAAAUGGACAAUAGUGAGAAUCUCAUAAAACUCAUGGAUGCUGUUGUUAUCAAACUUGAAGGUGGUUCUGAUGAAGACCUAAAGGUACUUGAAGAAUCUGAUCGUAAUAGAUAUUCAGACGAAGAAGUAGUACAUCAGUCUCAGUCUUCUGGACCUAUUUGUUGUGAAAAUAAAAGUGAAGGAGAGGCUGAAUCUGAUGAAGAUUUCGAACAUGAGAAGCCUAACACAGAACUUCCUAGAAAAGUGAUGCCAGAACCUCUUCACACUCCAGGUUCUACUGUGGAGUGUCGAACAACUAACCGACGUGCACGAACUGAGUCAAACAAGUCUGGUAGCUCAGCUCCUUCACAAAGUAGCCAGAGUAGCGAUAGUGACAGUGGUUCUUCAAGCGAUGACGAAGCUGAUGAAAGCGCCAAACCUAAAGCUGAAGUUGAGCAGAAGUGUAAUGAACUCGGUAAUAUUCAUGACGUCGCAAGGUCUGAAGUUGACGAAGAUGACGACGAUGUACCCACUCCUACAACUGCCGAGUCCCCAAGAGGAUGUAAAAAUGAAGACUCUUCUGUUUCUAUGAUCAUCGGCUCGGUAAAUGAUACACCUGUCAAACAUCCUAUUUUUGGAGAUCCUUCCAACGCUCCUCAGUCCAAGUGUGCAAAUCCACCAAGACUGCUACAUAAAACUGCCUCUAUAUUCUUCCGAGCGUUACCUCCAACUAUAAUGGAAAGCGAACUCAAAGAGCUUUGCGCUUCUCAACCUGGAUUCAUAAGACUGGCUCUUUGGGAACCUGUUCCUGAACGUCGAUUUAUGCGACAUGCAUGGGCCACAUAUGAUCCUUCUGUUAACAUCAAAAAGAUAUGUUGGGCGUUAAAUACCAGUACUUUAUUACGCGAAAAACUUGAACUUCCAAACGGAGAAUUAGGUGCUACAGUUAAUCGUGAUUUAGCCCAGAGAGUUCGUCCUCUUACUCCUCUCACACGUCAUAAACCAGUUAUGCGACAAGAUUUACUCUUGGCUGCGCAACUUGUCGCACGUUUAGAUGCUAAACAUAAUCUAUGGAGUCAUUUGGAAAUUCCUGAUAGUACAAAUGAUUUGAAUACAAUUGGUAAGCUCAAAAUGAAUGGUGAUUCGGAAUUCAAGAAUAUUUGUGAUUAUACAGCUCUGGAAAUGGCUAUUAAGAGUAAAAAUCCAUUACUUAAAAAUCUGACAGACUAUCUUGUUGAUGAAGGUGGAAGUGAAGAAGAAGCACUUAUAGCGGAAACUCAAGCAGAAGGUGAAGGAUGUGACAAUAGUAGUAAUACUGUAGUUGGGCGUGUUCACACUGUAACAUUGGAAUCCGAUCCUAAUUUGGCUCGUACUUUAGAUCUGUUAAUACUCUAUUUACGUAUUGUCCAUUCUAUGGAUUACUAUGCAGGAGCUAUCUAUCCCAUGGAGGAUCUCAUGCCUCAUCGAUGUGGAAUUCUUCAUGCAAGAGGUGACAGAGGAAUAAAUCCUGUUCCUGGUGCUCGUUCUAGUGGUCUGGCUUUCACUCAAAGAGAAAUUAAUGAUCACCUUCAGAAUUUCGCUUUAAAAUUGCGUACUCUUAUCGAGGUACCAAAAGAUUUAACUGAAGAGGAAAUGAAAAAGUUAGGUAUGCGAGAUCCUGAAAAAACUGCAGAAGAAUUCGUUGAAGCUAAUAUUCAAAAAAGAACUGGCAAGAAAAAACCAUUUAAAGUUGUAUGGGUAUGUCCAUUAUCCGACAAGAAAUUCCGUGAACCAAUUUUUGUUCGUAAACAUAUUUUCAAUAAACACAUGGACAAGGUAGAAGCAGCUAAAAAAGACAAUGCAAUAUUCUAUAAUAACUAUUUGAAAGAUCCUAGACGUCCAUCAUUACCAGAAGCUCCUUAUCAUUUGUUAAAUCAAUAUUAUCCAUCUUUGAGUUCGAAUUCAAAUAGUAAUAAUCAUACAUACAGAGGUAGAGGUUCUGGACGUGGUAAUACGGGUGGAAGUUAUCGUGGAUAUAGGAAUAAUUCACUUCUUUCAACAGCACCAAGUUAUGUACGGGGUACUGGAACUUUUCAGGACUAUUAUGAUGUGGCAGCUCAACAACAACAACACCAAGCUAUGGCGGCUGUAGCAGCAGCAGCUGCUGCCGCUUUAUAUCCAAACGCUGCGACAGCAGCUGAUUUGUAUGCAUUGGCUGCACAGGCAGGUGCACCUCGCACAGGUCUUGGAAUGUCUAGGUCGCGUGGUCAACGUGGUUCUUCACCAUCUCAUGAUUUCAAUCAUCGACCAUAUAGUAGUAGUAGUACAUUGGAUAAUCGCCGGAGACAGCCUACAAACUAUUCGACAAAUAGACGUCCAGUUGGUGGUGGUGGCGGUACUACAACCGGUGAACGAACAAUGAUAUCAUAUAAUGAUUUAGAUGAUCCUGGAAAUGAUGUGCUUUAA